ACUGACUCCCCGCAAACAAGCAGGGUGCGACCAUGUUUCGAAUCUUCGACCCAUAUGCGAUGGCCCUGUCCUUACUCGUGGGUGGUGUGGGGUUCUGCACGACUUUCUACUUCAACACCGAGAUGUCCGAGUGGGGAAAGGACGAGAUCGCCUAUCCCAUGAUGGCCAUGAUAUACGUUUACGCUCGAAACGCCCGCUUCUUCGAAAGCGACGAAGAAUCUUCCGCGAAAAUCCUCCAAGGCCACGGCGGCGGGGCUGCCGCGGAGGGGGAGGACGGCAAAUUCCAGGCGCCGUCCCCUGUGGGCGUCCCAGGGCUGGUGACAGUAAAGGGGCCACCGCUGGCGGCGCCGAAGGCAGGGUCGCUGGCGGUCGUUUUCUUCUUCGCUACCUGGAGCGACAGCUGCGAGCAGGUCUUGCCGGCCUUCCUUGCCGUGGCGGCGAGGUAUAUCGACGAAGGGAUAUCCUUCGCGGGAGUUACUCAGGAAGAGGAGGAGGAGCUGCGAUACUUUGUUGAAACGUACCAGCGCUCACUGCGACCUGUCACCCUCCUCGCGGACGAGCAAGGGGUGCUUACAGCGGGCUACCAGGGAGGGCACCGCACCAAGACUAUCCCCCAUUGCUACAUCGUAAGGGGCGGGAGCGGGGACACCGGUGCAGGAGCUGGGUUUGGGGUGGUGGAAUGGCACGGGCAUCCAGCACGGUUGGAAGCGGCCCUGGGCUAUCUUAUGGACGAUGAUGAGGCGAGAGAGGACACCGUGGAGGGGAAAGGGGUUCGGAAAUAG